GAAUCGUCCUUUUGCGUCCGAUUAACGUCACACUCUAUAAACACUCGGUGGUUCUCGGUGAAACACACACCGCAGCUCUUCUCGGACUAAAGCACCUGAUUACCUGGUCAAGCAGCAUGUCGGUGGCAAACAGCGCAGUGCGACCACAGUUUGGACAGUGGCUCCUAGAGCAAGUGCAAUCUGGACGCUACGAUGGACUUUACAUGACCGACAGAGACACUUUCCGCAUCCCGUGGAAACACAACUCGAGGAAAGACUGCGGAGACGAGGAUAACAAAAUAUUCCGAGAAUGGGCUGUGGUUAGUGGUAAGAUCAUUGAGUAUCCCAAUGAUAAGGCAAAAUGGAAGACCAACUUCCGCUGUGCCCUCAACGGUUUGCCACAGUUCAAGAUGAUCCAUGACAACUCCAAGGACUCAGAGAAUCCCCAUAAAAUCUAUCGAAUCACGUGUCCUGAAAACAAUCAGCAGUGUCCAAGCAUUCAUAUUGAAGACCUGUACAGCUCCACGAACAACCAGUGUGAAAAAAUGGAGUAUGAUUUGCCAAACCAGAUGGUCGCCUUGCAUCUAAAUCAACAACACACAGAAAUACAAUGUUGGCCAGCCUCUCAACAGCCUUUGCAAAACUACUCUGUGCCCCAAAUGCCACUUAUGCAGCAGCAUUGUCUUCCAAAUAACAUGCCAGUUUCAGCACCAUCUUUAGCACAGCAACCCUACAAUACAGUGCAACAGUCUUUCAACCUGCCUUCCAUAAAUGAGUUGGAGAUCUCCAUUCACUACAGAAAAACAGAAAUGCUGAAGAGGCAGUAUACAGCUCAACACAUUCAACUCCACUCACAGUGUGAUCUCUCACAGCUGAGUGGCAUGUCCUUGCCCUUCCCCAGCACUGAGGAGCUCACUGACCACAAACAGGUCCAGUUCACAAAGCGUCUCCUGGACAACAUCAAAAGGGGCCUGCUGCUGCAGGUCCACCCCUUAGGCAUCUAUGGCUUCCGCCAGGACAAGUGCAAUGUGUUUGUCAGCACCUGCGACCCUGCUGAGAUCCAAAACCCAGAGCCCAGAAAGCUGCCCCAGAACCAAUAUGUACAGCUAUUCAGCUUUGACAAGUUCAAGCAAGAUCUCAUGGACUUCAAAGAGAACAGACGUGGAUCCCCUGAGUACACCAUCUAUUUGUGCUUUGGAGAGAAGUUCCCAGAUGGAAAGCCACUGGAGAGAAAGCUGAUCGUCGUGAAGGUCGUGCCUCUAAUUUGUCGUGAGCUUCAUAAGAUAGCACAGCUGGAAGGAGCCUCAUCUCUGCAAAAUGACAACAUCAGCCUGCAAAUCUCCCACAGCAGCCUGUAUGAACUGAUUGAAGCCACUUUCUCACCACCUCCAGCAGUAUAAAGUGUUUUGCCUUCAUCCUGACAUUGCACUGUUUUCUGCAUUUCUACUGAUAAGCAUGGUUUAAACCAUAACACUGGCUUCUCUCAUAUUCUCUGCCAUACAGCACUACCUGGCUACAGCAAUGCAAAAUACAGUAACCGUACAAAAUAAACCAACAACUUUAGAUUCUUUAUUGAAAACAUAUGUAGUUUUUUUUUAAAGAAACUAUUUAUGCUUUAUUCCCUUCUGCUGUCAGAAACAACUUGGUUUAGGUUUUAUCUUUUAUUGAUGAAAUUUCUUUGCUUAGCCCAAAGGGCUACACUUAUAAACCUUUCUUUUCUGUUACAUAAAAAUAUUCCUUUUAAUAUAUAUUUUGUCAUAAAAACAGUAAAUAAAUGUAUACACUAUCAA